AAAAGCCGCAAUUGAAUUUAUGAUCAAAGGAUUAAAUAGUUUGAACAUUGAGGAGAACCUCAGCAGGUUGCCUUUGCUUAGCAACGGUUCCCAUGAUGACAACAGCAACCAUUACAAGCAACAAUACCAGACUACAGGAUCUGAUGAUUCCAACCCCACCGAGUCGCUUUUUCUGAGCGUUAGUCCCGAUGCUGCUGACACUGACCAAGACGAGCUGGGUAAUGUAACAAGGAUAGUGUUUCAGGGCUCUGUGGAUUCCGAUCCGAGUGUGUCUCCUUUACCUUGCUUUAGUACCCAUGCUGAUACUGACGAUGAUGUGCUAGACAGUGCGGGAUCUGAUGACUCCAACCUCAGUGACUCGCUUUUACCAAGCACUAGUCCGCGCAUUAGCACCAACUAUGAUGAACGGGGCAAUCUGGCAAGUGAAGUGGGCCCUUCUGGUUCAAAUCCUAGUGAGUCUCUAGCAAUUAACAUCGGUUUGCAGGAUGAACGUAAUGAUUUUGGCCAGCCACGUCACAGGACAAGGGUAACUGCCUUAGAGUUGACCUUUAUGCUCGUUGGUUUCAACCUAGAAAUGUUGUCAGCCGGUUUCGAUCAGGUUUCCUCCACAAGUAAGCCUUGUUAUGCACUGAUCAGUUUGCUGUUGGCCAUUGCCGCUGUGCUUACUUGCAUCUGGGAGCUCAUUUAUAAUGGUAUAAAGGACAGAAAUGCAUCUCCGAAUAGCACAGUUUUUGGUGCGUUGCCUGACAUUUUCGGAUUUGGACUUGCCAUGAUUCAAUGUGUUUGCUCGGCAGUGCAGUAUUAUUUCCUCCAUCAUCGUGAGAGUAAUCCAAUGAAACUGUCCCCUGUGCCUCUCUUUUUCUUCACCUGUUUGGUGGUUUUGAAAUUAAAAGGGAACUAG